UAAAAAGCGGUAGUCGUACGUUAUUUUAUUGUGGUCUGCCGGAGCGAGCGCACCUCCCGCCCGUCGCGUUCUCUGCGCGCCUCUCGAGCCGCGACCAGUCUCAGUUCAAUUCCGGAGUGACCGCCUCCCCGACAAGAUGACCCAGUGCGAGAGCGGGUCCGCCCCGGCCGUGGUGCUUGCCGCCGCCGCCCUGUUGCUGGUGAUGGCCAACGCGCCACCCGCCCAUGCCAUCGGCCUCAAGAUGCCGAGCUACAUCACCGCCUGCAAGAAGAACGACCCCAACCUCAACGAAUGCGUGGUGAAGGCCGGCCGGAACGCCAUCCCCCACUUCAUCAACGGCGACAGAAAAUACAAAAUCCCCAACCUGAACCCGCUGACGGUGUACGACUUCAAGGUUUCGCAGGGCACCAGGUCCGUUGGGCUCAAGAUCCACAUGAAGGAGGCUACAGUUCUCGGACUUCCCGAACUCGUCUUCGAAUCGGCAAAGGUUGAUCUUAAGAAGAGGCACAUCGAGUGGAACCUGAAAGGCGAAACCAUCUCGAUAACUGGGAUCUACAACGUGACGGGCAACGUGCUCAUCCUACCCAUCACAGGACAGGGGCCCGCCAACAUCACCCUUAAGAACUGUGCAUUCAACUACACGUUCGACUACGACCUGAAAAAGCAGUCUGACGGCAAGGAUUACAUGAAAAUUACAAACUCCAACCUGAAGUUUGACACGACCCGUGUCUACGUACGACUGGAAAACCUCUUCAACGGCGACAAACUUCUUGGCGAGAACAUGAAUCGGUUUAUCAACGAAAACUGGCGCGAGGUAACUCAAGAAAUCGGCCCUACAAUCGCUGGCGCCGUUGCCGAGGUGUUCCACCAAAUUUUGACGAAUAUUUCCGAUCUCGUACCGUGGGAGUACGCCUACGUUUAGAAUGAAGCUAUUGGGGGAUGGCGCACUCCUAAAAGUGCCCUCUGUUAGUGUACCUGCAACAACUUGAGUGAUUUAAAAGAAUUUUAUUUUUAGACUUGUUUAAAUGCAUUAAUAAGCACACGACAUAGUGAUAUCUGAAAGGGAAAGAAAAAAGAGCUCAAAAAGCAAAUUUGUUUUCAUACCAGUACCGAUUUUAAGAUGAUUGUGUUAUUGUUAUCUUGUUAAGUCGUCAUACCAUGUGCGUCCCAGCGGACUGAUUUAAGUAGAAAAGACCCAGGAAAAAGAAAACGAUCAUCAAACAAUGUUACGCACGCGUUAAUUGGCGCGUUGUUUUGGACCGUGGGUUUUCCUUCUGUGAUGUAUGUGGAAAGUUACCAUAAGAAUGUAUAGAGAGGCUUAGCCUAUGCUGACGACAGUGGCAAUAAACGCCUUUCUGUAGGAA